GGCCGUGUGGUGCAGACAGUAACCAGUCACGGUUACUAGGCUCAAGAUAUCUGCUGGUUAGGACCUGGAAAUUUCGACAAAUUGUGCACGCCGCGCAUAUCAUCGUCUACAUUGCAGACAACGGAGUUCUCCAUUGACAACGUAGCUGACCGUCUGUAGUCAACGCCGAUAACUGCACAACUGGUGACCUGAGCAACUGGCAAUCCAGCACCAUGGACAAGUCCCAAGAUGCCAUGUUUAACAAGUCCAUGAGUGUGGACGCACGGAGCUGUCCCGAGGACCCCGACUCCACCGUGGAACUCCGUCUGAACGAUUCCGGUACAGAACACAAUUACGCGAUGGCCCGUAAAUCCAAGAGCGUGGAGGAGACGACCAAUCAGGAGGAGGAAGAGAUCGACAUUGACCUCAACGACCCGGAAACGGAAAAGGCUGCCCUGACCAUCCAGAACAAGUACAAGGACUUCAAGCUGAAGAAAGGCAAAAAGUCGGCCUCCACCUCUACCUGAUUCCACAGGGAGGCGUUUUCGUUGGGCUGUGUGCAACUUUCGACAUCUACGGCCAAGCAUCUUACACCUCCAUUCAACAGUUUUACAGUUUUGUUCGGGAAAAAAAAUUAUAUACAUGUAUUCACUAUGACGCAGGAUAUUGCACCAUAUUCCGCCAGGUCUGGACUUUUUAAGGUUUUAAGACAUCAAGGAGAUCUGAACUAGAUAAAUCAUACUCAUCAGAGUUACUGAACAUAUUUGACAGUUCAUCACGACACACUGAUGAGUUAGGCCUUCUUCACUGAUUAUAGAUUCAUAUCAACAUAUUAUUGUAUAUCAUUAAGGAAAUUAAGGAAAUUAAGAAAGUAUAUGUCAUACAAAUGUAGCAAACUUUUCCCAUUUUUCUUAAUCAUAUAUUGGUAACAUUACUAACAUAUCAUUGCAAAACAAAAAGCUACCCCCAUGCAAAAGUAACAAAUGGAUGUUUCCACCUAUUUCUCAGUCACCCUUCACCUAACACUUGCAUGUUCGAAGUGUUUUGCUAAGACCAGUACAAGUACCUGAUAUGUAGCUGACCGUUGCACUGAAGUCUAGUGCCUGGUGUGCAGCCUUUUCUGUACAUACAAAACGAUGCUAUAGCCUAGUAACAUACCUUACUAAUAAACACAUGACACUCUAUAGUGUGCUGUAUGUAUGUAUCUGUAUAUUGGCUACAAGAGUGAAUCUAUAUAUGCAUGCUUAUUCUUUUGCCUCUAGAUCACAAGAAAGAAAAAUUCUAACUACAUGUGUCAGUGGUGUGAGUUCAGAUAUAUGUUGUUAUCGAUAUCAGUCUUAAGAUGGCCAACAGACUUAAGAAAUGCAAAUGUAAGGAGCCCAAGAAAAAGUCAUAUACAUGUACCUAACACUGUAUAUUGCAGGACUUACUAAUAGGUAAGUUAUGUAUACGCCCAAAAAGACCAAAAGAUGCACUCUCAACCCAACUUAAGUUUAGUUGUAGAUUCACAUCUAAAGUUUUGCAGUGCACCAUGCAGCCAUCUAGCUAUUCGCGUUGGUACUGCAACCAGCUGAGUGCACCAAUAUUGACGUUCUGGAUGUCCCCCCACUUGAUAUUGAAUGGCCAUGUUAAAGUCAAAACUAAAUGUGCAUGUGUAUACCAUUGUUGGUGACAUUGACAGCUCUUACACUGUAUCAUGUAUGGCUACAGUAUCUUGUUAUUCUACAUGUAUGAGCUGUAAGGUAGUUGAAAAAGAUAAAAGGAGCCCCAUUGCUCUUUGUGGUAUUUAGGCAGGGUUAAUGACAAUGCCAUGAAUGUAACUGGUGUCACAGUAUAGUUUUCCAUAUGUAGACAUAUGACCAACCACAAGGGUACACCCAGUAUACAUAGAUAGAGAUGUAUGAAGACCUAUUCAUCAUGAUGCAAAUCGAAUCUUUCACCCGUGUCACCUGUUGGAAUUUUCAAUAAAUAUUUGCACCAUCCACA